GUGGAGGUGGACCAUGCACAGUGUGAGCAGGCUGUGUGACAGAGGAGCAGACGGGAGCUCAUAUAAACGUGCUGCGUUCACUCGGGGCUAUCGCGGGAUAAGAAAACAGCGCUACCUGUGUCACUGACCUCCGGCUGCUUCAAAGCGCAACAGCCGAGCUCCGGCUCAUGCAGAGCGGCCAUGGCCUCGCUGGAGGGCUGCCGCUGCCGGGGAUCCAGCGGCCGGAACAACAGCAGCAUCCUCUACAGCAUUUUGAAGAGUGACAGCCUCGUGAGCACCGAGGAACAACAACAACAACAACAUCCACAAGAACAACAACAAACACUGCUACACCUGCUCCACAAGACGUCCUCCUCCUCCUCCUUAUCCUCCUCCACCACCUCAGCCUCCUCCGGGCCGGCCUCUCUGCAGGAGCUCCGGCAGCAGGCGUGCUCCUGCGGCUCGGCGCGGCGCCGUGGCGUCCUCCGCUCCCCGCAGGUGACUUGCAAAGCGGCGUCGGCGGUGCUGGUGAAGACGCUGCGCUUCGUGAAGAACGUGCCGUGCUUCCGGGAGCUGCCGGAGGACGACCAGCUGGUGCUCAUCCGCAGCGGCUGGGCUCCGCUGCUGGUGCUCGGGCUUGCGCAGGACCGCGUGGACUUCGAGACCACGGAGACGGUGGAGCCCAGCAUGCUGCAGCGCAUCCUCACCGGCUUACCCGAGCGCCAGAGCGAGCCCCCGGCCGGGCCGAGCACAGCGGCGUUCGGGGUGUCGGUGGUGGACAUCGGGGCGAUCCGAGCUUUCCUGAAGAAGUGCUGGAGUGUGGAUAUCAGUACCAAGGAGUACGCGUACCUGAAAGGAGCCGUGCUCUUUAACCCGGAUCUGGAGGGUCUGCGCUGCCUCCACUACAUCCAGUCCCUGCGCAGGGAGGCGCACCAGGCUCUGAACGAGCACAUCCGGCUCAUCCACCGCGAGGACACGACACGCUUCGCCAAGCUGCUCAUCGCCCUGUCCAUGCUGAGGGCCAUCAGCCCGCCGGUGGUCGCCCAGCUCUUCUUCAGACCCGUCAUAGGCAGCGUGAACAUCGAGGAGGUGCUCAUGGAGAUGUUCUACGGGAAGUGAAGAGGAGGUUCAGGUUCAGCUGCCAUGUGGACUGAGAGGCUGUGAGAGAGUGACGGCAGGGGAGGAGGAGGAUGAUAUAG